CGGUGGCUUCUUUUCAGCGUACGGCGGCCAUGGGCCCGGCGGCCGGGGAGGAGGCGGAGGCCCCGGCGGGCAGCGCCCUGUCGGCGCCGCGGCUGGUGGCGGCGGCUCGGGAGGAGCUGGGUGCCGGACGGCGGUGGCGGUUGCCGGCGGCCCGGGCCCUGCAGUUAGCCGGGGAGGUGCUGGCGGUGGCGGCGGGGCUGAAGCCGGCCCUGCUGUACGACUGCGGCGCGGCGGGGCCCGCCGAGCUGCGGCGGUACCUGGACCGCUUAAUGGAGGCCGGGCUGGCCCCGCGGCGCCUGCACUUGCUGGGCAUGGAGGGCUGGGCCCUGCUGCUGCACCCGGGGCUGGCCCAGCAGAGGCUGGCGGCCGUGCUGCGCGCCCACCCUGCGCCCUUCAUGGAUGUCUCAGCAGGGCAGCAGUGCCCGGCUCUCUGCGGGCCAGUGGAAGCCGAGGCCAUCAGGGGCCACCUCACCGCCCUCCUCGCCCAUCUAGAGGCCGCCGAGGCCACUGCUACCAGCCCUGUGUCCUCCAGCGAGGUUGUCCCCACAGGCUGGAACCUCUGCACCAUCGUCGGGGUGCUGCUGGGCUACCCGGCGGCGUACACCUUCGCUGCGGAGGAGGGUGCUGAGAACUGCCUGGGGAUGACGCCGCUGAGGGUGUUCACGGUCCAGGCCUCCUGCCCCAGGAUAAGGGAUGGUCUCAGGGUCCAGAUCUACUCCUUCAGCAUCCCGGAGAGCCUCUGCACAGAGCUGAAGGAGGUGCUGGACACGUGGUGCGGUGAGCUGAAGGAAGCCUUCAGCACGCAGAGUGACUUUGUAGAUCUCUGCAUUUCUUGCGAGGUGGUGUCUCUUCCAGCAGUUGCCUUGUAAAAUACAAACUCAGACUUUUUUGGCCUAUUUCUCAUUUACAUCAGGGACCAAAGCAAGAGAUCAGUUCCUCUGUGCAUGGCCUACUGAGGCUCUCAAGAGGCCCCUGAGCACCAAAGGCUGAACUGUGACGAUCUCAGGCCCCAGACCUCGUAGGCCAGUUGCAAAUCAAACACGGGAACUGCCCAGAAGACCAGCAUGUGGAUGUGUGUCCUCACAGCUGCUCUGCAGCCUCCGUCCUCACUGCAGUGUGCCUUGUAAAGUCAGGGUGUAUUUAUUUACUGCGAACAGCUGAGGAUUAAUAAAAAAUUUGAAUGCCACAGCAUUUUGAAUUUGUGAAGUAGGCUCCAUAUCAUAUUUACUACUUGUGCAACGUGGUGUCACGCACCGCCUCAUAGCUGAGCCUGCGCUUGAACGAGGGGCAGUUGUUACCGUAACACCUGGACAGUACAGCUCCAAAAGGGGCUUAAAACUCAUGUCUGGUGCUGGCAGUGGAGGGGAAGCGGAGGUGGCUGUGGAAACGCUUGCCCACAAGACAGGCUCACAGAAUGGUGGGCUGAACUGGGCCCACGAGGACUGUGCUAAAAAGCCUCCCUGAGCUGGGUUUCUUUGUCAGGCACUAGUAGAGAUGGUCCAGGGUUGAAUAUCUUGCAUUUAGGGAGGAAUAAAUAAAGGAAGACAAUUAUGUAGUCCUCUCAGUUGCUGGGCAUGAAAAUCAGGGAGGCUGGAUCCCAAGGGCACGGGAUGCCCUUGUCCCUCCUGCCCACCAUGAGCCCCAACAGCAGCAGCUGGAGUGGCUUUGUCCCUCAGCGCCACG